CUCCCUCUCUCCCUCCCUCCAUUCUUGUCAGAGAGAAGUGUGAGAAGGAGCGUCAGCACAGACGGGGAAACGAAAGAGUUCUCGAGGCAGAAAUCAGAACUAAAAGGAGAAGAAGGAGAAGAAGGAGAAGGAGAAGGUUUGUAGAAGAGAGAAAGCGUGUGUGCUGUGGUUUCUGUGCUCUGAGCUCGGGGUGUCACACGGCUAAAGGAACAGGUUGGAUGAUGACAGCUUCUGGAUUACAACGCUGCUGAAUGAGACGUCCACUUUUGACAGCUACUGAACGCUGCAGACUCCAGCUUUAAUUGGAAGCUUUUGUCAGAAUGACCGCAGAAGACUCCGCCUCUGCCGUCACCAUGAGUAACGCUAGCCCCUCCUCCAAAUCGAACCCUGCCAACAAUCAUCCGGUCCUCCAUGGAUCCAUUCCAGAUGGUGUUGCUGGAGCCCCGAACGAAGCCGCUCUUGUGGCUCUGAUGGAACGUACGGGCUACAAGAUGGUUCAAGAAAAUGGACAGCGCAAAUAUGGUCCACCUCCUGCCUGGCAAGGCCCCUCGCCUCCACGUGGCUGUGAGAUCUUCGUAGGCAAGAUACCACGUGACGUUUACGAAGACGAGCUGGUGCCAGUGUUCGAAUCGGUGGGCAGGAUCUACGAGAUGCGCCUGAUGAUGGACUUUGAUGGCAAAAACCGUGGCUAUGCAUUUGUCAUGUACACACAGAAGCAUGAAGCUAAACAUGCGGUAAGAGAGCUGAACAACUACGAAGUGCGCCCUGGACGGUUGCUGGGGGUUUGUUCAAGUGUAGACAACUGCCGCCUGUUUAUUGGUGGAAUUCCCAAGACCAAGAAGCGCGAGGAGAUUAUGGAGGAAGUCUCCAAAGUGACGGAAGGGGUGUUGGAUGUGAUCGUGUACGCAAGUGCGGCAGACAAAAUGAAGAAUCGUGGCUUUGCCUUUGUAGAGUACGAGUCCCAUCGUGCAGCUGCCAUGGCCAGGAGGAAACUCAUGCCUGGGCGUAUUCAGCUUUGGGGUCACCAAAUUGCUGUUGACUGGGCAGAACCGGAAAUCGACGUCGACGAGGACAUCAUGGAAACGGUGAAGAUCCUGUAUGUGCGCAACUUGAUGAUUGAGACCAGCGAGGAGACUCUCCGCAAUAUCUUUAGCCAAUUCAACCCAGGCUGCGUCGAACGAGUGAAGAAGAUCCGUGACUACGCCUUUGUGCACUUUACCGGCCGGGAUGACGCUGUUGUGGCUAUGGACAACCUGAAUGGUACAGAAAUCGAGGGGUCAUGCAUUGAGGUGACAUUGGCCAAGCCGGUUGACAAGGAACAGUACACUCGCUACCAGAAAGCAUCCAAGGGAACCGUGAGCAGUAGUGAGAGUACUCAGCAAAAUUACUUGUAUCAGUGUGACCCCUACACUCUUACCUACUAUGGCUAUCCUUACAACACUCUCAUUGGACCCAACCGAGACUACUUCAUCAAAGCAGGUACUGUACGAGGCCGUGGCCGUGCCGGGGCCACUAACAGAGGCCCAGGGCCCCGUGGCUCAUACCUCGGUGGCUAUUCUGCCGGCCGAGGCAUUUACAGCCGCUACCAUGAAGGAAAGUCCAAGUUGCCGGAUAAACCAUAUGAGCUAAUGACCAGUCUGGAGCUGGCUGCUGUUAAUCCAGUGGGCAUUAAGCCUGGCACAAUGACUCUACCAACUCUCGGUGCACAGUACCCUGCUAUGUUCUCUGCUGCACCUGCUGCUACUAAACUGGUGGAGGACGGAAAAAUCCACCAAGUGGAGCAUUUGAUUAAUCCCCUCGCUCUUCAACACGAUCCUUCUGCCGCUCCCUCGACUGCUGCAGUCAUUCCUGCCGUCUCGACACCUCCACCCUUUCAGGGUCGUCCCAUCACUCCUGUAUAUGCUGUGGCUCAUAAUGUCCAGCGGAUCCCUGCUGCUGCGGCCGCCGGUCUGUACGGUGCGAGCUACAUGCCUAUCACUGCUCAUGCCAACACAGCUGCCUUGGCAGCACUGCAGAAGAACGCAGCCGUGGCAGCCGCUGCAUAUGGAGGUUAUGCCGGCUACAUGCCCCAAACUUUCCCAGCUGCCACGUUCCAAGUGCCUUUCCAUGACGUGUACCCGACCUACUGAGACAGAUGCCUUUUACUCCUUUUUUCACCUGAUACCCAGAACACAGAGUCUCAUCUAUUGACAGAUCUAAUAAUAAAGGACCAAAACUGACCAGAAAAAAACAUUAAGGGCAUAUAUAACAAAUCCCAAACUAGACCACUAAGAUAAAGAGUAACACAACGGUAACACUUUCUACAUAGCCCACAUUCCAUUUUUACUUCUAAACUCUAAUAAUGCCUUAUAAAUCUCUAAUAACCUGUGAUAACCCUGACUUAUUAAUGACCUGUUUAUUAUCCUAAAUCCUACUGUAAUAUUUGGUGACUGUCAUAAAAAAUACAUUACUAAAAGAAAAACCUGAGUAAGACAUGGAGACGUGACAGAUUCUACUUUUGCAAUUUAAUGCACAAAGGAAUUCUGGAUUAAAAACAAAACAAAAAAAAAAACACAACUUCAUGUCAGAAAGAACAUAAGGUUUGAAUGAGUGGUUAUGAGUGUGUGUGUGUGUGUGUGUGUGUGUGUGUGUGUGUGUGUGUGUGUGUGUGUGUGUAGACUCCGGUAGAUCUGCCGCAGCCUUGCCAAGGAAAAAGCGGUUACUGAAGAUGAAUGAGUUAUUAGAGGGUUAUGAUGCAUUAUUGUUAUUUUUGCCCAUUCUGGUAGAAAAUUGUUACAAAAGUAUUUUUUCCCCACCACUAUUGUGUGUUUAGUGUUUGUGUAUCUCAGACCUUUCCGCCCGCUGCAUCCUCAAGAUCUAGCAGACCUGCUGACCAGACACACACUGACCUUGACUCGCUUAAUACUGACCUUGUGUAGAACUACUGAUCUCCUCCUAAACCCAUGCAAUCAAGCACCAGAUCUGACUGGAGUGCAACAAAAUGCAUGAUUCACCAAUCUCCACGGUCCAAACUGACACAGACUGGAAACACCAGUUGUGGCCUGCUGAUAUCAGAUGUGCUGAUUCUUUUCUCUCUGGAGCGAGAGGAAAGGUUCUUUAUUUCAUGAACUACUGAUGCAGUCUCAUCUCAAGCUCUUAUUGUCGUGUCUACAUGGACGAGUCGUCUUUCAGUCAAACAAAAAAGCAAGGUGACUAUUGCUAUGGGUAAAAAAAAAUGCGCUUACAUGCUAAUAGUAAAGCAUCCAGCUCAUAAGACUCAUCCUUCACUCUUUAUAACAAGUCCAAUGUGUUUGUACAUGAUUUCUUUUUCUUCCACUGCACAAUCUAAACGGAUCCAGCAUGCCUUAAGUGCACAUCGGUAGCUUGUUCUACCUUCCAGAUAGCAUUAUUUAAA